AUGGACCGUCUGCCUCCAGAACUCAUCACCAAGAUACUUGGCUACUGUCCUCGAGGUCGACCAUCAAGGGGCCGACCAUGUCUUGCACCAUAUGCGCUAAUCUCGAAACAAUGGCAACAAAUUGUUGAGCGACUUGUUUUUAGCUCUAUCAGAUUGAAAAGUUCCGAGUUGGGACACUUCGCAAAUGUGUAUGGCGCCGAGUUAGAGCAGAUUCAUCGCAGAUCUGCUUUGCAACAACUCAAAUAUACCAUUGAACCCACACCCGGCACAGAUGAAGCUUUGGAAUCAGAAAUCGCAACUGAAAGAACGAUUGCCAGACAAGAGGCUACGGAAGCCGUCAUGUUUAGCCUUGGAGAACUCUACUCGAUUUUGAGCUCCUGGUCAACCAAUAAGACUAUCACUCUCGAAAUAGGGUUUCCACAGGAGACUUGCCUAUCAAAGGCUGCGACCGAACUGAUACCUAGGACUAAGCUUGUCAAGCGUUUCGAGUUCAAAAGUACAGCCCAGCGAGACCCAGUCUUGUUAGCCUCGAUCGCCUCCCAGAUGAUUGGCCUACAAGACAUCAAAUGGGAAUUGGACGACUACGAUAAGAAUAUAAACUCGGUGUCCCGGCGCAAAGCGCGUUACGACUUUUCCAAGCAAGUACAGUCGCUUGUGGAGAUCUGUCCGUCGCUGCGGACGAUUGAGCUCCGCUUUGUCAACGAAACACCAUCUGACGAGAACAUUGCCGUCCCUAGCAUUUUGCUACCGCAUGUGCCGGUAGAUCAUCUGAGUCAGUCUUUGAAACUGCUAUCGUCGAUGACCGACCUGAGAACUCUGGUUCUCCAUAGCGUUGUUCUUUCAGAACAGUUCUUCCAGCAGUCUAAGCUAUCGUCGAGGUCACCUAUGUGGCCUAGUCUUAGUCGUUUAGAGAUCAACUACAGCCCAAUGGCGGCAGAUGGGGGUUGGUUUUUCGAGAGAGAACCAAACACUGUUGGCAUUGAGCAAUACAGGAAUCUGGUUUCUCGACGUCUCGUGCUGGAACGCAUACACAAAACUCAAGAAGACCAAGCCAAAAUCACCAACUUUGAUCAAGAGUACGAACCUGCACGCCAAGACGACGAAAAUGAAGACCUUGACGACGCGGAAUGGGGCGAUGUGUUCAGAACCUGGCCGUCACAGAGACUCGAAGCUAUGCUCAUUAGUAUGGCACAAGUAGCUGGACAGAUGCCGGCUUUGAGGAUUUUUACAGCCAGUUCCGAUAUGCCAGACUGUGCGGCAUACCAGCUAUUUCAGUUUCUCUACCUUGUGCCGGGCGAGAUAGAUGCUGGCUGCCUUCUAGACUUCACACACGACAGCGAGCAUAGACACCAACGAAGGCUAUAUUGGCGAGUGCCGAGCUCAUGGCGCAUGAACGAAGAGCUGGGACGGGCUUGGAGCGAUCUACUAGGAGAGGACGGUGUGAUCGAGUAUCACGAUUGGUACGGAAGGGAAUGA